AUGGGGGAAAAAGUAUUCGGAUACCCUGUGUUGCUCAAUCCCACAGAAUUUUUUGAGGACAUUGUAGUUGAGCAUGAAUAUGUUGAAUGUACUGCAUCGGCAAUUGGGGCUCUUGUUUUGUUUAAGAAACUAUAUCCGGAUCAUAGGAAGAAAGAAAUCGAGAAUUCCAUUAUUAAGGCAGUUCGAUUCAUUGAGGAUACCCAAACAACUGAUGGUUCAUGGUAUGGUAGAUGGGGAGUUUGCUUCAUUUAUGGCACAUACUUUGUUGUUGCAGGGCUUGCAGCAGGUGGCAAGACUUACUCCAAUUGCACUGCAAUUCGAAAAGCAGUAGAGUUUCUUCUUGCAACACAGAGAAAGGAUGGUGGGUGGAGGGAGAGCCAUCUAUCAUGCCCCAAAAAGAUAUACAUACCCCUUGAAGGAAAUCGUUCAAAUAUUGUACAAACUGCAUGGGCUCUGAUGGCUCUCAUUUAUUCUCGACAGUAUAAGAGAGACCCAAUUCCUCUUCAUCAUGCAGCAAAGUUACUCAUCAAUUCUCAACUGGAAGAUGGUGAUUGGCCACAACAGGUAUCGGUCUACCCUUUGAUGUCAUUUAAUGGCGGAGCAAGGAUUAUUUGUGAUGAGUAA